GUACAUCGUUUCUAACUGUGGUCCAUCAGUCCAUGUGAAUCAUGGAUAGGGGUGACACAUAACGAUUGGGGUUGUGUGGUCGUAAACAUUACAGUGGGGCCCACACGCCACCCUCCUAAUUUAUUCCCCUCUUUCUCAUCUUCCAACCCACUUCCCCUCUUCUUCUGAGUUCCAACCUCCUCUCUUUCUUUCACCUUACAAGCUCUUCCAGUCAUUGUCUCUGACCAAACCAUCAGAUUUUUGCCUGAACCUGCCCCAAAUUUGGCAAUAUUCUCGCCUUAUAAAUACCCAACAACCACAGGACCAAACACAAAGCGUUGUGGCUGUUGCAGAAGUCGAGCCUUGAACAGGGUUUGGAUUACAUAACCAGCUGCCACGUUUGUUCAAACUGAAAUAUAGCUAGAGAUUCUGUCAUGGAUUCCAUCAUAUCUCGCCUGUUGGAUCCCAUCACUCAACGCACAGGAUAUGUCGUCAACCUCCAAAAAAAUAUGGACUCUCUGAAGAACGGCAUGAACGAAUUGAAAUGUGCAAGGAACGACGUGAAGAAAAGGGUGGAAGUUGCUGAACGGAAGAAACUCAAACGCACAGACCAUGUCCACUGGUGGCUAGAAAAAGUAGAAUCCAUCGAAAGAGAAGUAAAUGCUGUGGUAGAAGAAUCUAAGAAAGUGACGAGAACGAGUUGGUCUGGCUACCAGCUCUGCAAGAAGGUGGCGAUGAAGCUCGACGACGUGGUCGAGUUGAAGAGCAAAGUUGAUUCCUUUGAUGUAGUGGCAGAGAAGCCGCCUCCUGAUGCCAUUGAAGAGAUGCCUUGCACAUCAGCUGUGGGCAUGAACUUGAUGUUGUCGAAUGCUCUAGGUUUGAUUAGUGAAGACGAAGUGGGAAUUUUUGGAAUAUAUGGAAUGGGGGGAGUCGGGAAGACGACUCUCCUAAAAAAGAUUAACAAUGAAUUCCUUGUAAGAACUCAUGAAUUUGCUUUCAUCAUUUGGGUGGUGGUGUCUAGAGAGUCAAAUGUGGAAAUGAUUCAGAAGGAUAUCGGGCAGCGGUUGGGCUUGUCUUGGGUGGAGAAUGACAGCAAAAAUGAGACACGGGCUCGAGACAUUUACAAGGUCUUGAGCAAUAAGAAAUUCAUGCUGUUGUUUGAUGAUAUAUGGGAACGGUUGGAUCUAGAGACGAUCGGAAUUCCUCAUCCAAGUAGCCAAAACAUGAGCAAGGUCGUCUUCACCACACGAUUUGAGGACGUUUGUGGCCGCAUGGCUGCCGAUAAGAAGAUCAGAGUACAAUAUCUCCCAGAGAAAGAAGCAAUGGAUCUAUUUCUACGGAAUGUUGGUGAAGAGGCUAUGAUUUCUCAUCGGGACAUACCGUCCCUUGCCAUGAAGGUUGCCAAAGAGUGCAAAGGUCUGCCCCUUGCGCUAAUAACCAUCGGGCGGGCCAUGGCAUGCAAGAAGACACCACAGGAAUGGGAGCAUGCAAUAUCAGUUCUUAGCACGAGCAAGCCACCAUCCGAGAUAUCAGGUAUGGAUGAUGAAAUGCUUUUGCGUUUGAAAUUCAGUUAUGAUAAUCUCGGUGGUGACAUGAUUAAAUCAUGCUUCUUGUACUGCGCACUGUUUCCGGAGGACUACUCCAUUCGCAAAGAACAACUUAUAGAUUACUGGAUAGGUGAAGGAUUCUUAGAUGGGUGGGAUGAUGAUCUUGAUGAAGCACGUAACAAGGGACAUGAUAUCAUUGGAAGAUUAAAGGCUGUGUGCUUGUUAGAGAAUGGUUCAGAUGAAAAAACAGAGGUGAAGUUCCAUGACGUGAUACGUGAUCUAGCGUUAUGGAUAGCUUCCGAGUGUGGGAAGAAGAAGAACAGGUUUUUGGUGCGAGCAGGCAUUGGACUGAGGCAUGCACCGGACGUCGAAAGGUGGAAGGAGGCCGACAGGAUAUCUCUAAUGAAUAAUUACAUAAAAGAAAUAACAGAGAAACCUCAAUGCCCCAACCUAUUUACCUUGAUGCUCCAAAUGAAUUCGCAUUUUGAAAACGUCCACACUGAUUUUUUUCAAUUCAUGCCUGUUCUUAAGGUCUUAGAUCUUUCACAUUCAUCUAUUAAGGAGCUUCCUGUAGGGAUGGGUAACUUGGCAGAGCUACGAUAUCUCAAUUUAUCAUGCACAUGCAUUGAAUCAUUGCCUAAAGAGAUAGGAAAUCUGACGAAGUUGAAGCACUUGGACUUGGAAUCAACAGAUUGUUUGCAGAUAAUUCCUCGCGGGGCAAUCUCUAGGCUUUCUGAGUUAAUUGUGAUGAACCUAAAUCAAAGUUAUUCAAAAUGGGAAGAGGGAAGUGGUGGAUGUAAUAUGACUGAGUUGGUAGGCUUGAAACGUUUAACCCAUCUUCAAAUCUGCAUAGAAACUCUGGAAGCUCUUGAAAGGUUGCUGAGCUCUAACCAACUGAGGAAUGCUACUAGGUUUCUACAACUGAAAGGAUGCGAGGGACUGACUACAUCCACCCAACUAUUAUACUCUUUUUCAGCAAUGAAGAGUCUUAAAGGACUUUCUAUUCAAUCUUGUGAUAUGUUGAAGGAGGUGACGAUUGGUGCUGAUGGAGAGAGAGAGGAUGAUUAUCUUGUUUAUUGCCUAGAAUCUCUCGAACUUGACCGUCUCCCGGUCUUAAAUUACAUUCAUGUGGGCCGCGGAUGCUUCCGGAGCUUUCGCAGUAUAUAUAUUUGGAAUUGUUUCGAGUUGAAGAAAAUUCAUUAUUUACUGCAACUUGAGAAUCUUGAAACAAUCGAAAUAAUAGAUUGCCCUGUACUAGAAGAAGUAAUAAACACAGCUGAUGACGAUGAAGUGAGAGAGAAAGGGCUAAUGCAGCUCAAAGCUAUAAAGCUCUGGUACCUUCCAGAACUAAGUAGCAUAUGUAGCCAUGCACUGCAUUUUCCUUCUUUGGAGGUACUCAACGUGAUGCACUGCCCAAAGUUGAAGAAGCUCCCUCUUCAUGUUGAUCAGAAUUCUCUAAGGCUUAUACGUGGUGAAAAAGAUUGGUGGGAUGCAUUAGUGUGGGAAUCAGAUUACAUCAAGUCCUAUUUUCUUCCCUUUUUCAAGGAAUGGUGAGAGUUAUUGUAAAGGUAGAAAUCUUUUUAGGAGUAUUUCAUAAAUGAAGUGUGCAUUUUGUUAUUAAUGUAAUACCUGAUACCUGUUCCAUAUGAUUUUAAAUUAGUUUCUCA